ACCCAACCCUCGCUCUCAACUUCUCCCCAUCCACCCCUUAAAAAAAACUUCUCCCCUUCCCACCCGAGAUGAGCGGCGGCGGCGGCGGCAACAACUUGUCGUGAGCGGAGGCAGCGGCACAAUCUGGUCGGCAGCGGCGGCGGCAAGUUCUUCUCGGGAGCGGCGGCGGCAAGAUCUUCUCACGGUAGCAGCAGCAUCCUCUCGCGGCGACGUCUUCCUGCAGUUCGACUCCAGCCUAGCAGGGCGUGGGUGAUGUCAGCCACGCAUUCAGCCACCAGGUGUGAUGAACAUGUCGGACAUACUGUUCAGCCACCAUCAGCACAAGCAGUACAAGAACUAGUUGAUUCAUUCUCAGAUCAAAAGCUUGAUGCCACAAAAACAAAAUCGAUGCAUGGUGGGAUCGAGGAACAAGCAAAGAACGACACAAUCUUUAGCCCCAAGCAAGUUGGGUUAUGCAGAUCAUACAUGGAGAUGUUGACGGACGAGGAAGAAGAUGUGGUUUCAUACCGUCGUUUCUGGGAAUACACUUGGGGUGGAAAGUGUAGUUCCUUCGAAGACUACACCUUUUUGACUCCCACACUUUAUACAUAUGGAACCAUCCCAGCACAUGCUGGCCCCUUCAGUUUCUUGCAGAUCUUCUCCAUCAAAGUCAUGGAGAAUGAAAUUUGGAGAAUCAGGUGGCCAGUGGAGGUAUAUGGCUUCAUUGCCGCUCGAGACAAUUUGGAUCGCAAUCGCAACCUUCUGUUCAGCCAGACAAGGGAUGACCCCCAAAUUCUCACUCAACAGGAUUCAUUUUUGCAAUUGACUGGCCCGUGUCGCCCAAUUGCGUUGAUCGACCCUGUUGUCUUUGAGAUUCAACUAAAAGUGAAGGGCACAGCAGAGUGUGAAGAUGAAACAUUGAUGGCUCGAGCGUUUGAGUAUGGAUAUGGUUUUGGAGAAUAUGGUGAGCUUGCCUGUCGUCGUUGGGCUGGUAAUUUUUGCACACUAGAGAUCACCUCUGCGCUACUUUCCAGAACGGUUGCAGCCACUAUCAUCUCUGCUGAUGUUAUUAAAGGGUCAUGGCCUGGUGAUUAUAGAGGUCGUGUGGUUGCCCGUACUGCCAACAUUUGCUUCCUCAGUUACUAUCUGUAGUGCGCACCAUCAAUGCAAUCACUUAAAUCCCUAUAUAACAUAGCUAGACAGGGGGUGACACACUCUAUAUAAGCCACCCCAUAGCACAUGGACAAGUGAUCGCAAUCCAUUGUAAUACUCAGACACAAGAGAAAAACGCAACUCCAAAGCUCGAGAUGUAGGGUUGUUACCUCCACCAUGAGGGGGCCGAACUCGUAAAAUCUCCGUGUCACACCUACGCCACAACUAGAUCUUGCCCUCGUUCAUACCCCUACUCCUUACUGCCAGGAUCGUUACCACGACAUGAGUGAUAAAUGCUUACGUGGCUUAUGUAUGAUGUGUUAUUUUUAA